UUUCCCAUUAUCACUCAAUUUCAAGACUUGAUACUCGUUCAUACAAACAAGUUUCAUUGGAAAUUUUAGGUGUUCAACCUGGACAAAUUGUGCAUUUAUAUAUUGCGUUGGCUGUAUUUUAUGGCACGCAAUUUAGAAAGAGCACAGGUUUAAAAAUGCUCAAUUCCUUGGUGACGAAGGGUAUCAGAUGCUGGUAUUGCUCGUGUGCUCUUCAAAUAUAGAGUUAGGGACCAAAUGGUGGUUCUUAGAACCAGGCUAUUUUCCCGCCCAUUUACCGUUAAAAUCGCCACCCACAAAUACUGCCACCAAACCCUGAUAGAUCAAUUUUUGUUCCUCUUGAGAAAAUGCAAAUCCACUCUAACAGUCCAACAAAUACAUGCCCAAAUGCUUAUUCACUCCAUUCAAAAACCCAAUUUCUUGCUCUCCAAGCUCAUUCUCAUCAAAGACUUUGAUUACUCUACUCUCUUCUUCUCUCAAAUUCCCAAUGUUAAUGACUACGCUUUCAAUAUCAUGAUCCGGGGCCUUACCACUACAUGGCAAAAAUUCAAUCUUGCAUUGGAAUAUUAUGGAAAGAUGAAAUCUUUAGGUGUAAAGCCCGACAAUUUCACGUACCCUUUUGUGUUCAUAUCUUGCGGAAAUCUUUUGGCCUUGAAAAUGGGUAGACUGACCCAUUGCGAGGUGGUGAAAAAUGGGUUGUUCGCUGAUUUUCAUGUGGUUCAUUCAUUGAUGACGAUGUAUUCACGGUGUGGCCAGGUGGGUUUUGCACGCAAACUGUUUGAUGAAAUGGAUGAGAGGGAUAUGGUGUCAUGGAACUCGAUGAUCUCGGGGUAUUCCAGGAUGGGGUUUGCUAGGGAGGCGGUGGAAUUGUUUGCGGAGAUGAGGGAGAAAGGAUGGAAGCCUGGUGAGAUGACGCUUGUUAGCGUGCUUGGGGCAUGUUGUGACUUGGGGGAUUUGAAUUUGGGAAGGUGGAUUGAGGAGUAUGUCAUGGUGAAGGGGAUGGAAUUGAACACUUAUAUUGGAUCUGCUUUGAUUGAUAUGUAUGGAAAGUGUGGGGACUUGUUGUCAGCUAGGAGGGUGUUUGAUGGCAUGAGAAAGAAAGACGUAAUUACUUGGAAUGCCAUGAUUACUGGAUAUGCACAAAAUGGAUUAUCAGAUGAAGCAAUUUCAUUAUUCAAUGCCAUGAAGGAGGCAGGGACUGACCCUAAUGAAGUCACUUUGAUUGAAGUUCUCUCUGCAUGUGCAUCAAUUGGUGCUCUGGAAUUUGGGAAAUGGAUUGAUGAAUACGCAUCAAAAAGAGGUUUUCAGAAUGAUGUUUACGUUGCUACUGCAUUAGUUGACAUGUAUGCUAAGUGCGGGAAUUUGGAUAGUGCAUUUCGGGUUUUUGAGAACCUGCCUCGAAAAAAUGAGGUAUCUUGGAAUGCAAUGAUCUCUGCACUUGCUUUUCAUGGGCGAGCACAAGAAGCCCUAUCACUGUUUCAGCGCAUGUCGCAGGAGGGUGGCACUGCUCGUCCAAAUGAUAUCACAUUUGUUGGACUACUGUCUGCAUGUGUUCAUGUUGGAUUGGUAGAUGAAGGUCGUCGAUUGUUUGAUUUAAUGAGCUCAUCUUUUGGACUGGUUCCGAAAAUUGAGCAUUAUUCUUGCAUGGUGGAUCUUCUGUCUCGUGCUGGACGGGUUUAUGAAGCAUGGGACUUCAUUCAAAAAAUGCCAGAAAAGCCAGACGAGAUUUUAUUAGGUGCAUUGCUUGGUGCCUGUCAUAAACUCAAGAAUGUAGACAUUGGCGAGCGGGUCAUGCAUCUUCUUCUUGAGAUCGAGCCUUCAAACUCUGGUAACUAUGUGAUAUCAUCAAGGAUAUAUGCAAAUAUGAGAAGGUGGGAUGAUUCCGCAAGAAUGAGGGUUUUAAUGAAACAGAAGGGAGUUGUCAAAACUCCAGGGUGUAGUUGGAUUGAUCUAGAUGGCCAACUCCGUGAAUUUCAUGCCGGUGACUUGGUAUUUGAAGAUGCACAAGAUAUUUAUCGAGUUCUUGGCAUCCUCUAUGACGACAUGACAAUGGAAGUUUACAUUGUAGACAUUGAUCUCCUAUAAAAAUGUAUGGUCGACAGUUUCUUGCAUUUGAUCAAAUUUAUCAAUAGCUAACAUGCUCGUACACAAAGUUGGCACGUCUGGCAAGAUGAAUUAGAUAGCAAUGGCCACUAGCAAGAAGGAUCUCUACUCUCUACUUCAAUGUCUCAAGCCACUCGUAGAUGGUGAACCGAUUUCUAUUUGCCAACGAGGUUUGUAAGGCGAUUGAGUGACUCGAAUGAGAGAGAGAUCAUUGAACCUGUUUAUGGAAUUACACGGCACAAGAUCAGAAACACACAAAGGGAUAUGAAGUCGUGCUAAUAAGGUCGAGGGAAUAAGUGAACAAUAUCAUUUUACUCCACAUGGUCCGACGUAGGUAACUGGCAGUCGAACAAUCUCUUUACUGUAAUUUGUUUAAUAUUAAAAACCUCUUACGAUACAAAAAAUUGUACAUGUAAUUACAUUUUACUUGUACAAUGUUCUACCUAUUCUCUCAGGAACAGCACUCCUCUACAACAAGAGUUUCUCACUCAA